CCCUGACUCCAGGAACCUCACUACCAGGAUCAAAUAGUAACUGCAAAAUCUCACCUUCCAAUCCCUCCUUAUACCAGCCCACCAUGUUUAACUAUGAGCGUCCAAAACAUUUUAUCCAAUCACAGAACACAUGCAGCUCCAGGCUACAGCCUCCAGGGCCAGAGACUUCAACCUUCAGCAGCCAAACCAAACAAUCUUCCAUCCUCAUCCACCCCCGGCAAUGCUCAGAGCAAAGAUAUUCUGCUUCUUCUACAGUGAGCUCUCAGAUCACAGUAUCCUCAUCGGCUUUCCCGGCUUCUGGCCAGCAGCUUCCUGGCUCUUCCCCAGGACAAAGGGUGACAUCCACAUAUAACCAGUCCCCUGCAAGCUUCCUCAGUUCUGUAUUGCCAUCACAACCUGAUUACAGCAGCAAUAAAACCCCUACAGCUGUGGAAUCCAAUUACCAGCAGCCAUCAGUCAACCCACCUGUAAAUGUUAAGCCAGCCCAAGGUGCACAUCCUAAACUGAUACCAAAAACUCCUGAUCAUGAAAUACAAGGAUCCAAAGAAGCUCUGAUUCAAGACUUGGAAAGAAAGCUUCGGUGCAAGGACAACCUUCUUCACAAUGGAAACCAAAGGCUAACGUAUGAGGAGAAGAUGGCUCGCAGGCUGCUGGGACCACAGAACGCUGCUGCAGUGUUUCAAAAUGACAGUGAGUCACAGGACUCAGCACAGCACAACUCAGAAAAUGCAAGAUUGCAGGUUCCUACAUCACAGAUGAGGAGUAGAUCAUCUUCAAGAGGAGAUACAAAUGAUCAGGAAUCAAUCCUGGAGAAAUUCUACCCUCCACGUUUUGUUCAAGUGCCAGAGAACUUAAAUGUAGAAGAAGGAAGAUUCUGCAGAAUAGACUUUAAAGUAAGUGGAUUACCAGCUCCCGAUGUGUCAUGGUAUUUAAAUGGAAGACCAGUUCAAUCAGAUGAUCUUCACAAAAUGAUAGUAUCUGAAAAAGGUUUUCAUUCACUCAUCUUUGAAGUUGUCAGAACCUCAGAUGCAGGGACUUAUGCAUGUGUUGCUAAGAAUCGAGCAGGAGAAGCCACCUUUACAAUACAACUGGAUGUUCUUGCAAAGGAGCAUAAGAGAGCACCAAUAUUUAUCUACAAACCACAGAGCAAAAAAGUUUAUGAAGGGGACUCAGUAAAAUUAGAAUGCCAAGUUUCUGCUAUACCUCCACCAAAGAUUUUCUGGAAAAGAAAUAAUGAAAUGGUGCAAUUCAACACAGACAGGAUAAGCUUGUACUAUGAUAACUCUGGAAGAAUUACUCUACUGAUUAAAGAUGCAAACAAAAAAGAUGCUGGAUGGUAUACUGUGUCUGCAGUAAAUGAAGCAGGAGUGGUCACAUGCAAUACUAGAUUGGAUGUUGCAGCUCGUCCAACCCAAACUCUUCCAAAUCCUAAGCAGUUACGGGUUCGACCAACUUUCAGCAAAUACUUAGCACUGAAUGGAAAAGGUCUGGAUGUGAAACAAGCUUUUAACCCAGAAGGGGAAUUUCAGCGCCUAGCAGCUCAAUCUGGACUCUAUGAGAGUGAAGAACUUUAACAGCUUAUGAUAAUAUGACAAAUGCAACUAGUAAUCUUACAUUCAUUUGAUUAAGAUCUUUAAAAAUAAACCCAUAGUGCCGUUAACAGAUUAUUGCAUUUAUUAGGCAACAUAACUACUGUACGGAAUAUUAAUCUUGACUCUUGCACACACUGCCUACUUUUCUGGUUUAUUAAAAAAAUACAAAAUCUGUGUGUGUGAGUUUGUAAAUGUAGAAGACUAUCCUGAAAUGUGGGUUUUUUUUAAUUUGUCACAAAUGCUCAAUGACUCCUGAAUAUGAAAUCUGUAGAGCCUUUUUAAACCACAACUAGUACCAGUAGCAAGAGCAGCUCCUUGGUAUGGCUUUCUAAAGACUAUGACCUUUAAUGACAUUAAGUGUUGUGUUUCAGGAAUACUGAAAUGUUACAGAUUAUCUGAGUGUUU